AUGGCAGGAGGAAAACCUUCAGGGCUAUUUGUUCUACACAUUGCGUACCUCUUAUAUGGAGCUGCUUUGAGCUUGCCGACAGUGAGAAUACCUGAUUUUGAUGUGGAUGGUGGACGGGACCUUGACAUAUUUGACAUCAAUGAUGAAGCAGGGUUGAAUCUGGUAGAAGGAGACAUUGUGCUUGAUGAGAGACAAGGUCGAAAUUCUAUCAUAGGGGAUCAGUACAGAUGGCCAAGGACAGUCCCAUACUAUAUGGAAGAUGACUUAGAGAUCAAUGCAAAAGGUGUGAUUCUGAAGGCAUUUGAGCAGUAUCGCCUCAAGACCUGCAUUGACUUUAAACCCUGGAAUGGAGAAAAAAAUUACAUUUCCAUCUUCAAAGGCGGCGGCUGUUUCUCCUCUGUGGGAAACCGUCGUGGGAAGCAGAGACUAUCAAUAGGGACAAACUGUGAUCGCAUUGCCACUAUUGAACAUGAGUUCCUUCAUGCUCUGGGUUUCUGGCACGAACAGUCCAGGUCAGACCGGGAUGAUUACGUCACUAUCAUGUGGGAUCGAAUCUCAGAAGGUAAAGAGCACAACUUCAACACCUACAAUGCCACCUCCAGCUCUUUGGGUGUUCCCUACGACUACGGCUCCAUGAUGCACUACAGCAAAAAUGCCUUUCGCAAUGGCACAGAGCCCACCAUUGUCACCAAGAUCCCUGCUUUCAGUGAUGUUAUCGGCCAGAGAAUGGAAUUCAGUGACAGUGACCUGCUUAAGCUCAGCCGUCUUUAUAACUGCACCAAGGCUGCUACCUUUCUGGAUUCCUGCGACUUUGAACGUGAGAACAUCUGUGGUAUGAUUCAGGGGCCGGGGGAUAUGAAUAAUUGGAUGAGAGUUUCCAGUGCUGCUGGAGGGCCAGCAGACUACUCCAACAUGGGCAAAUGCACUGGUGAGAAUUACCUUGAAGUGGAUUUCAUGCACUUCGAGACUGGCUCUGCAAACACUGGGGCUAAUGCACUACUGGAGAGCAGGCUUCUCUACCCUAAGAGGGGUUACCAGUGUCUGCAGUUCUUCUACUACAACAGUGCCGGACCCACAGACACACUGAAGAUCCAUGUCAGAGAGUAUGACAAGGAGAACCCCAAUGGAAAACUGCGCUAUAUAACAACCAUUGAUGCCCCUCAGGAGCUGUGGCAGCUGCACCAUGUCAGUCUAAAUGUCACGAAAAAAUUCCGUGUUGUGUUGAAGGCACCAAAGGGGUACAGGGUCUUCAGCAGGGGGAUGUCCCUGGAUGAUAUCAACCUCUCAGAAACAACUUGCCCAGAAUUCAUAUGGCGAGUUAAGAACUUCAGUCAUGUCAUAGAUAACACUCCAAUGAACACGCCUAUCUUCAGCCCACCAUUCACCUCUAAGGAGGGCUACACCUUUCAGAUGCAGCUGUACCCCAGUGGUAAAGCCGGCUAUCCUGGUGAGCUGUCAGCCUAUGCUCAUCUGGUGGCCCGUCAAGAGGACACAGGACAGACAUGGCCGUGUCCUUGGAAACAGAUGACAAUGAUGUUGAUGGAUCAGCACCCACAUAUCCAAAAGCGUAUGUCUAACCAGAGGAGUGUCACUACUGACCCCAACAUGAAAGCAACAGACUCAGAAGCCUUUUUCUGGGACGACCCUCGCAAGGUUGGUGUUGAGGUCACUGCUGAUGAUGGAAGCAAGUAUUUCCGAGGGCCAGGCUCAGGGACUGCAGUGUAUCUGACUCACCUCAGAGCCAAGAGCAGGGACUUUAUCAAGGGAGGGGAUGCCAUCUUCCUUCUCACCAUGGAGGAUGUGUCUCAUCUGACUGAGACACAGCCUCUGCCUUCCACAACCCGAAACACCACCACCCCUCGACCUACCACCACCACUCGACCUACCACCACUCCACCUGAUGCCUGUGCCCAUGUAGUUUGCCAGAACGACGGAAUCUGUGUGGUGGAUGUAGGACCACCUGCUUGCAGGUGUGCGGUGGGCGACGACUGGUGGUACUACGGUGACAGCUGUCAAUACAAAGGCUCCACACAAGACAAAACCACCCUUGCACUUGCCUCUUCUCUGUCUGUACUCGCAGUAAUGGCGGUGAUUACUGCAGUCAGUGUCAUCUGUGUGAAGGAGAGCAUAAGAAGAGAAGUAGGACGAACGAUACAGUCAUGGAAAAUAGAGGCAUCAGACACAAUUAGAACUGGGAGAAGCCGGACUGUCUAUUCAAACUCCAAGUAA